AUUUUUUUUAACAGAACGAAUAUUCAUGGUCAUUUGUGGUUAUUUGGCAAACUUGGACCAAACUUGGACACUGUGCAUGUUCCUGUUUACGUAACCACAAUUUAAAACUAAUUUUGACGUACGUCGUACAUAUUCUGUUUCGUUUCGAUUUGACAUUCGUUUUAUUUGUUUACAAACAUCAUUUUUUGAUUUUAGUCAAAUAAAUGCAUAAUUUUUGCGGUUAAAUAUUAAAGAAAUGGACGACAACGUGCAAAACUGUUGCCGUAUAUGCUUGGAUGUAGAAACUAGGCAUGUCUCUAUAGUGGAAGACUCUAUAAUAAGCAUGCACAUAAAAUCGUGUCUUCCAAUCAAUGUAUCUAUGAGUGACGACCUUCCCAAGUUUAUAUGCGAGUCCUGUGUAUCACAGUUGAACGAGUUUUAUAAUUUCCAACUGAAUGCCCGCUGUUCGCAAGAUUGGUUAGAGUCGUCACUACAGGAGAAGUCGAAGAAAUGUGCAGAAUCCAAAACUCAAGUCCAUCCGCUUCCGGAUUCGGAAUACAACUCCGAUUCAUUACUGGAGUUCUUAAAUAACACCGAAAACAUCGAGGAGUAUUUAAACAACUUAGGUAAAGAAGACAUACCAUCCAUAGUAAACAUGUUAGAUAGAACUGUAGCAACCGAGGCAACUAAAUUCAACAACUGCAAAUCAAUUAAACAGCUGAGCCCAAAAAAGAAAGAAUUACCUACUAAAACACAGAAAACAAAAAUGGACAUUGACAUUUUAGAUUCAGAUAUGAAUAUAGUUAAGGAGUUAAUGAAGAAAGCAGUGCCAAGGAGUGAAAUGAAAAGCAUUGAGAAGCUAUCAUGCUUUGCUUGCAAAACAAAAUUGGAUACAAUACAAACACUGUCACACCAUUUAAGCAUAUGUGAUAAUGCAUUAAGAACAUGUGUGUAUUGCAAUAUAUUAUUUGAUUCUAAGCAGAAAAUGAGAGAACACACACUAACACACUCUGGCAUAACACCACUUACAUGUAACUGUGGUAAAAGAUUUGAUACCAGAGACAAAUUGUUAAGACAUUGCAAGAGUUGUGAAAUAGAUCACAUUUCGUCUAUGGGUUUUGUUUAUUCUUGUAAGCAAUGUGGAGUGACAUUUAACGAAAGGUUCCAAUUGUAUAAGCAUGCCAAGGAACAUGUAAGGAAGGCUGAAGAAAGGAUUUGUGAUAUUUGCGGGCACACAUUUGUCAGUGAAGAUGCUUUGGCAAAACACAGGAAAGAGGAACAUGAGAAACAAAACAAUUUGCUAUACAGAUGUAAGGUAUGCAGUUUCACAUCGCCAGAUCGCAAGAAAAUAUUCUGCCACGUACAAAAACACACACAGACUAAAAAAUCUAUAAAACAUUUGUGCGAAUCGUGUGGCCGUAUAUGCGCCAACCAAUCAUCUCUAAGGAAUCAUCUACUCCAGCACACACCAAGAACUCAUAAAUGUCAUAUUUGUCAUAAAGGAUUUGCAGAUGAGAAAACAAAAGAAGAACAUGUGUUGGAACACAUAGAGAUGGUCAUGUGCGAAAAGUGCGGCCAAUCUGUAAAUAGUUAUAAAUUGGCUGAACAUUCUUGUUUGUAACCAUUGGCCAAUUAUGUUUGUCACAUUGAAAAUAAGUAUAAUUACUAUGGAGUUUAGUAGA